AUGUCAUCCUCGCCCUCCCUCCCCUUGUUGCGCUAUCUGCCCUAUCUGCCCCUUGUGGCAUCCCUUCACCCCCACAUCCUGCAUCAUGCUCUCCUGUUCCCUGUCGCAUCCUGCUUCCUGCCCACUACUCCCUGCUUCCUGCCCACCACUCCCUGCUUCCUGCCCACCACUCCCUGCUUCCUGCCCACCACUCCCUGCUUCCUGCCCACCACUCCCUGCUUCCUGCCCACCACUCCCUUCUUCCUGACUGCUGUUACCGGAGUUUACUCAGGAGCUGCAGUGGAAGAGGGAGUAAGACCCUUGCCUGGCCUCCUCUCUAUGUUCUGUACUCUCACCCAGGCCCUCAUCCCCUUUCCACUCUCCCGCUGCCAGUCCCCCAGCCGUAGUGCCGUUGUGGUUGAGUUAACCUGCGAGCUGCAGGGGAAUUGGGAGGCGCCGCCCAUCCCUCAGGUCAUUGCUGACGAGCCUCUGAACUCCGCCACCUGCCUCAUUUCACCAGUAGCUGCAGCUGAAGCUCCUGCCCUGUAG